AACAACAAUGGAGAUUUUCAAGAAGGCCGAGACCGUGCGUUUACGAAGCUACCAUGACAAGUACCUUCUAGCCGAGGAUGACGAAGAUUCCGUGAACCAGGACAGAGACGGUCGGUCUAUGAACGCUAGAUGGACGGUGGAGAUUGUCGAAAAGGAAAACGUGAUCCGUCUAAAGAGCUGCUUUGGCAAGUACCUAACCGCUUCAAACGUUCCAAUGUUCCUUGGCAUGACCGGCAAGAAAGUAACGCAGACGCUCCCUCGGAGGCUAGACUCGUCAACUGAAUGGGAACCCAUUAGAGAAGGCGUCCAGGUUAGGCUCAAGACGAGGUAUGGACAGUAUCUUCGAGCUAAUGGAGGCUUACCUCCAUGGAGGAACUCAAUCACACAUGACAUUCCUCAUAGGACAACCACACAGGACUGGGUUUUAUGGGAUAUUGAUAUUUUGGAAAGCAGAAAGAAGAAAGCACCACCCACAGUGGCUGCACCACCAGCUUAUACCCCUCUUCCGCCUCCUCCGCCACCACCGGAGCUUCUGAUGGUAAGAAAAGAUGAUGAUGAUGAUGAGCCCAGUUCACCCAAAGGAUUCUCUCUCAGGUCUCCAAGAUUUUCUAAAACAGAGUCUGAUGACAGGGUCAGCUCACCGGUUAAGGCAGAUGGGAGACUAAUCUAUUACAGAGUUGGGGACAGCGAUGGGAACGUGGACGAGAGAGUCAAGGAAGAGCUUUUCUGUUUCAAGGGAAUGGGACUACAAGAGCUGAAACAGAAGCUUGAAGAAGAGACAGGUCUUAGUGAUAUAUCAAUCUGUUCCAAAAACCCUUUAAAUGGCAAAUUAUAUCCCCUUCGGUUGCAUCUCCCUCCCAACAACACAAAGAUGCACGUCGUCUUGGUCCCUUCGUCUUCAGAAGCUUACGAAAACCAUGAACCA